UUUGUGGACGAGGUGUUGAGAAAAUUCCAUGAUUUUGUCAUAGUUGACAAUCAAAUUAGCCGAAAAACAAAAGCAUCUUUUUUCAAUACUGGGGUGUUAAAUCAUCUUUUGCGACUUUAUUCUAGAAACGAUUUUGAACCACCAGAAUCUAACAAGACCGUUGCGGGUGUUGUUCACAAGUUUCUGUUAUCAAUAUGCUGUGUACCAGGAGUAGGGAUCUGCUUCCGUGAUGCAGGAUGGUAUUCUAGUAGUUCACAAGGUUUUUUCAUCAAUAGCACUGACAAAUCGAAAGAUAACGGCAAAGUUAAAUUGUACAAUAUUAUAUUAUCUUCCUUUAUUAAGUCUCUGAAGCCGACUCAGGAUUUAAAGCAACAAGAAUUAUUGUUGAAAAUUUUAGAAGCAUGCCCCGAAUUAGUUCAUGUAUUUUGGCAAUAUACAAAUAUUUCUUUUGAGCCUUACCUUUCUUACAAAUGGAUUGCAAAUAUGACACUUUUUCACAAGAUUUCACUUUAG